AUGACUGCCGAUUCAAGGAAAAUUCGCGUUGCGGUACGUGUUCGUCCGUUCAACGAGCGGGAAAUGGAGCACAAUCCCCGUAACAUCAUCAAGGUGCUUGAUAAAUCGACCCUGAUGUUUGAUCCGGACGAGGAUGAGGAUGAGUUCUUUUUCCACGGCGUGAAGCAAACGCACCGCGAUAUUACGAAGCGCGUUAAGAAGAAGCUCACCAUGGAGUACGACGAUGUGUUCGACAAUACGGCCACAAACAACGAUAUCUUCGAGGUGUGCAUGAAACCGCUCGUCCAGUCGGUGAUGAACGGUUACAAUUGUUCGGUGUUUGUGUACGGGGCGACCGGCGCCGGCAAAACGCACACCAUGCUGGGAAACACCGACUGUCCGGGCAUAACGUUCCUGACCAUGAAGGAACUGUUCCGACAGAUCGAGUCGCUAAGCGAGCUGCGCAAGUUCGAUAUUGGCAUCUCGUACCUGGAGGUGUACAACGAGCUGGUAAUGAAUCUGCUUACUAAAAGCGGACCGCUCAAGUUGCGCGAAGAUUCAAACGGUGUGGUGGUGAGCGGGUUGGUGCUGAAGCAGAUACACAAUGCUACCGAACUGUUGGAACUGUUGGCAUUAGGCAAUCGCAACCGGACGCAACAUCCGACCGACGCGAACGCGGAAAGUAGCCGAAGCCAUGCGAUUUUUCAGGUGCACAUUCGAAUGGUGGAGAAAAAGACGGGACAAAAGCGUACGGUGAAGCUGUCCAUGAUCGAUCUGGCCGGAAGUGAACGGGCCGCCAGCACCAAGGGUCUUGGCAUUCGGUUUAAGGAAGGUGCGAACAUUAACAAGUCGCUUCUGGCACUCGGUAACUGCAUCAACAAGCUGGCGGACGGGUUAAAGCACAUCCCGUACCGUGAUUCGAACCUUACGCGCAUCCUAAAGGACAGUCUUGGAGGGAACUGUCAGACGGUAAUGAUUGCCAACAUCUCGCCCUCCUCGCUUACUUACGACGACACGUACAACACCCUCAAAUACGCGUCUCGUGCAAAGAAGAUUCGUACGAUCGUGCGGCAGAACAUCGUGCCGUCGAAUGUGCCAAAGGAGUUCCUGAUCAAGAAGGUCAACGAACAGGCGGACGAGAUAGAGCGGCUAAAGUCGAAGUUGGCCGAUUUGGAGGAACAACUUCGCAAGAAGACACAAGCUAUUGCUGCUGCCGAAUCAUCAUCGUCGCCGGCGCUCAACGAAACAUUGCUAAACACGUGGAUUUCGCGUAUCGACAGUUGUUACGCCAGUAUGCGCGAAGCAUUGGAGCGGUUGAUCGCACUGAAGAGCAAGGAAAAACUGAUCAACAUGCGUGUGAAGCUGAAGGAACAGGCGGAAACUAUUGCCCGGGUCGUGACGCUCGAUGGAAGCCAUCUGAACGAGGACAUUGCCAAGCUGGAAGCUACUAUCGAUCGUUAUGGCAAACAGGUUGCAAACCAACAGGCCGAUACAUCACGCUGGAAGGAACGGCUUCGGCAUGCCCGCCGCCAUCGUAAUGCGCUCCGGGAGGAGGUGUUACAGUGCGAACUGGCACCAGUGUUGAAGGGCUAUCUUAGCGGGAAGGAGGCAGAAAUUGAAGCACUCACCGCAACGCUAUGGAAGGAUCAUGUGCUGCAGAUGUCGUUCACGUACGACCAGGAAAACAAACUGUGGCAAAACAUUAUGAUGCUGAGCGGCGAUAUUAUACAGCAGAAUUACCUUUUGCUCCGCAGCAUGGACCGAUUGGACAAUGCCACGUUGGACAAGUUGAAGCGGUUGGUAAAGCUGAACCAACGGCAGCGUGGAGUAACGUUCUUCGACGACGAUUGUCAACAGGAUCAUCGUAACGACAUUGACCUCAGUAGCAACAGCCUUGACGACAUUGCCAAUCUAUCGGAUUGUUGCUCAGAUGACGCGAUUGAUUUCCCGCCCGACAAUGCAAUUGCAUCGUCAACCUUGACCAGUGUCGGUGGUGGUGCCAACAAACGAGCAAAGCUGAAUGAUGGCAGCGAAUCGGAUACGGAACCCUACUCAACGGCACAGGAAAGUGAAGUAGAAAGCAAUAGUGGCGUUGGGCGGAAUGUGUUCAAAAAACCGAAAACAGUUGGCCGAGCGUUUUCAUUUAAAGCCACGACGGCUGGCGGUGCGACCGCACGACCCACGGUGUCUCGCCGGACACCAACGAAGCCUACCAAAGCGGCAGGAACGGCCGGAAUCGGUACACUGGCAUCGCAACGACUUAAAGUACCGCGACUGGUGGUGAGCAAUGUGGCUGGCGGUGGCGGCGGCGAGACGAAUGCACCUGUACGGAAGAAGAUGGUGUUGCCGGGUGCUAGUGGCCAGGAUGAGAACAAAUCGGACACAUCGGAUGAAUCGAACGGGAUCGGUAACAUUGCCAACUCUACUUUCGAUAUUGCCUCGGUCAAAGAUUCUCAAACGGAAUCGUUGUUUUCCAAAGUGCUCGUAGAAUCGAACGUUGAUCCCCUUGUACUGGACAAAGUGCUUCGCCGUGCUUCUAUGAAGGGUGGAAAGAUGGCCCUUUCCGUUAGUAAGGAUAACCGCAAGAAGAGUCCAAAAAGGAUAGGGAAAAGUCCACGCUCGGUGAACCGAACGAACAAUCGAACAAAUGCUUCCGCCAGCUCCGUCAUCAAUCGGUACCGUAUGAUGAAAGCGAAGGACGCGGCAGGAUCGUCGAGUGGUGGUAGCAGUGGCAGUAGCUCGGCGACAAUCACGAAACCACUGCCAUCGGUGAUGCGAACGGCCAACAACAACUUUGAAUCGGACAGUGACCGCAAUCGGCAUAAUCGAUUGAUGGGUAUUAUAAAGAAAUAG